AUGCCCCUGAUAUCUGUUGUAUCAUUGACCUUCGGAGUAACCAACCUCCCUCCAUCGUCAACACGGCGACGGGUCUUAGCCAUCAUGAUCAUCCCGAUGCUGCCUAUUCUCACUGGAUACUCAGAAUUAUGGCGCAUAGAACCGUCUCAACCACAUAUUGGCUUUGAUUCAUCAGCACAUCCAAUUCAUCAUCUUGCUGCACAAGCCGAGUCGAGAUUUAACAUGAUGAUCAAAAGCCAAUCUCAAACACUACAUGCCUGUUGUGCAGAGUACGAGCGCCGAUACGGACGAAAGCCUCCUCUCCAUUUUGAUAAGUGGUUUCGAGCAGCUCGGAAGCAAGGAUUCCUCCUAACGGACGAGUUUGAUUCCAUGAUGGCAAACCUGGAGCCAUUAUGGGGCGUAGCCCCAUCUGAUAUUCGAGCUCGUCUGGAAAAUGUCAUCGCCGCAAGCCAGGGGGAGGGCAUGUACCGGUUCACAGUUUCCCAGGGCACAAAACCCUUGUUUCACAAUCCACCAGACUGGAUGGGACAGAUUUUUAGCCCCUGGUUUGACUCAGAGAUCCUCCAAACCUUACCUAAUUUGACUCUUGCGAUGAAUACUAUGGACGAACCCAAAGUUGUGGUGCCUCACGACAUGCUAUCCCAUGUUCUGGGCGCUGCUCGAAAUUCGCACGAAGGCCCCCCAUUACCGGGAAAAAAUUCCGAUCUUGCUCAGCACGUCGAUUUUUUGAAUAUUGGCAAACAAAAUACUUGGGAUGCAUUGUCACUUUCUUGUCCUCCUGACACUGCAGCACGGGACUUUUCCCUCGAGACCAGCAAAUCCCCUUUCCUCACUCAAAUGGGAUUUCUCUCCAACGUGACGCUGAGUAAAGAUGUUUGUGAAUUCCCCGAACUUCACAAUAUCCAUGCUGGUCUUCGUCACCCGGAAUCCAUGACAAUAACCCAUGCGCUAGUCCCGGUCUUCUCUCAGGCGAAAGCCUCCUGCUUCAAUGACUUGCUAUACCCAAGCCCAUUUUAUGCCGAAAAACUACGAACAGGGGAGUACAAGGAAAAGAAGGAUUUAGACUGGGAAGACAAGGAGAACAUUGUUUAUUGGACCGGGUCAAAUACGGGAGGCCACUCUACGACCGAGAACUGGAGGUCUUUACAGCGCCAGCGCUUGGCAUUGAUAACAACGGACGAAAGCCAUCCUAUUACCUUGCUGACCCAAACCCAGCAACCGCAAGGCCCAGAGUGGAAGUCAAUUAACUCCACCUUUGCAGCCAUUUCUAACUCUACCCGGGUGCGAAUCUCAGCAGCCAUUCAAUGCGACGAUCUCGCGUGCGAUGAACAGAAUGAUGAGUUGAAAAUCAAAACUGGCAACAGAGACGACAUUUCCGACGGCUAUAAGGCACGAUAUAAUCUUGACAUUGACGGAAAUGGCCUCAGUGGACGCUUCUACCGUCUCCUUAUGUCGAAAUCAGCCGUUCUGAAGCAAACUCUCUACCAGGAGUGGCACGAUGACUGGCUAAUUCCAUGGCUGCAUUACAUCCCGAUCAGCAUGGAUCUUCGGGAUUUUCCUGAAACUGUCCGUUACUUGACCCAGGAGCCAGAGGGACAGGCCCUAGGCAAAAAAGUUGCUCAGAGAAGUUAUGAUUGGUCGCGCCUUGUACUUCGCAAUGAAGACAUGAGACUCUUUUGGUGGCGGCUAAUGCUAGAGUAUGGGCGGCUUUUGAACGAUGAUCGUGACCAAAUGUGGUACAGGAACUAG